AUGGGCCGCAGAGCUAAAAGAAAACAAGGAGAACCCGAGCCACUUACAUUUCUACCAAAAUCAAAAUUAUCUAAAGGAGAUCACCCUGGUAAAAAAAGAAAACUUGAAAGAGAAAUAGAUAACAAGAAAGUCUUGGAACUUUUGUUAGAUAUAGAAAAAAAAGCACAUAUUCUAGAUAAAGAAAAAAAGAAAGAAGAAGAAUUAGCUAAUGCCGAACUUCAAAAUAAUAUCGAGCAAAUGGAAAAUUUUAUAUUGUUGGUGUACUUAAUAAUUUUAAUAAAUUGGGUGAUAAAAAAAGGACGUUCAGCUUACGUUGAACAAUUAAUGAAAGAUAUGGCGAUGUAUUAUGCAAAUGAAAUUUCAAGACCUGUUACAAUUAGAGCAAAUACGUUACGCACAAGUCGUCGAGAUUUGGCUCAAGCUCUCGUUAAUAGAGGUGUUAAUUUAGAACCAAUAGGAAAGUGGACAAAGGUUGGAUUGACAGUAUUUGAUUCUUCAGUACCGAUUGGUGCUACUCCGGAAUAUCUUGCUGGACAUUAUAUAUUACAAGCAGCAUCAUCAUUUUUGCCUGUUAUGGCUUUAGCUCCUCAAGAAAAUGAGAAAAUAUUAGAUAUGGCAUCAGCGCCUGGAGGAAAAACCACUUAUAUAGCAGCAUUAAUGAAAAAUACUGGAAUAAUAUUUGCCAAUGAUUCGAAUAAAGAACGAACGAAAGGUCUUGUAUCUAAUAUAUAUCGAUUAGGGAUUAAAAAUACCAUUGUAUGUAAUUAUGAUGGUCGUCAAUUUCCUACUGUUAUUGGUGGAUUUGAUCGAGUUCUAUUAGAUGCUCCUUGUAGUGGUACAGGUGUUAUUUCCAAAGAUCCUUCAAUUAAAAUCAAUAAGCUUGAAAAAGAUUUUAAAUUGAUGCCUCAUUUACAAAAACAACUUAUUUUAUCAGCAAUCGAUUCUGUAGAUGCAAAAUCUUCUACAGGAGGAUAUAUUGUUUAUUCUACAUGUUCCGUGACAAUAGAAGAAAAUGAAGAAGUAGUAAAUUAUGCUCUUUUAAAACGUCCCAAUGUUAAAUUAGUAGAAACUGAUUUAGAUUUUGGGCAAGAUGGAUUCACAAAGUAUCGUGGCAAGGUUUUUCAUCCUUCGUUAAAAUUGACGAAAAGAUAUUAUCCCCACGUACACAAUAUGGAUGGAUUUUUUGUAUCAAAGUUUAAAAAAUUUUCAAACGCUUUUGCAGAAAACAAAGAAAACAAGGAUAAUGAAAAAGUCGAAAAAAUCAAAAAAGGGAAGAUUAAUGAAGAUAAUAAAAAAAAUGAAUCUUCGAGUAAAACUAAUAUAACCAAAAAAUCGCAACCAAUUGAAGAUGAAUUGGAAAGUUUAGGAUUGGAUGAUAUAAGUGAAGAUAAUGAAAACUUGGAAUCAGAUGAUGAUUCAAGUGAAAAUGAAUCGGAAAACUUGGAAUCAGAUGAUGAAGCAAAUGAAGAAAAUUGUAAUUUAUUAUUUUAA